AGCGAAAUUAGUAAUCAGUAUCGUUUUACCAAUGAAACGAAAGAAGAAUAAAAUAUUGUACAGUGAAUUUCUUGCAUUUAUUUUGAGGUGAAAAUGGAUAUUUAGUGUGUUUGCACAAGCAAAACAAAGCACCCUGCGUGCCACAAAGUCUUCUCAGUCAAAAUGAUUUCUAAACUAAUAGCCACCAUGGCUUCCCCACAAUUAAAAAACGCGUUCUUAGGACAAGACUCCUCAAUAAUACAGAGUAUACCAUCAUCAUCAUAUUUUAUAUCGGAUUAUGAAUAUGAAACCAAUAUUAACAACAUCUUUGAACUAUACAACGAUGGAGUCACUUUCAUUACCCCAGGAUUUGUAUUGGGACGGCAAAAUGGAGCCAAUAUCGCCGCCGUCCAGCGAGCUAUUUUUGAUUAAUGAUUCCAACAUUGAUUGGUUCUAUGACGAUAACUUUGCAUCUGAAUUAACUUUACUCUCUGAUGAUACUGCUUUGGAAUUCAAAAUUGGUAUGGAUUCUUCGGAAGAGCUAUUCAGUAGUGACGAUGAUCUUGUUAUUCAUCCAUGCGAACCGAAAGAAGAGCAUUGGAAUGAUAUCAAACCUUCGUCUCAGCUUUUGGAUUUUCCAAUUGGAACUAUUAUUUCUCAUCCGAAUACAUUAACAAAAGUUCAAAACGCUAUUGAUGUUGAAACUUUUGGGUCAACCAAUUUUGAUACUGCGGUACUUACGCAAUUAACACCACCACAUUCUCCACCACAAACAGCCGCUUCAUCAGCCUUUCCAAAUGCAUCAAUUGAAACAUCUACCAAUGUUAAUGAUGCUCCGUUCCAAGUUUCAUCUACUCCUCCGUUAGCUUCACCAGUUCAAAUUGUAACCAACGAUAAGUUUGGAUCAUCGGCAGUUCAACCAACAUUUUUAAAUUUUAAUAAUUGGCAACAACAACAACAACAGCAGCAGCAACAACAACAACAACAACAACAACAGCAAGAACAACAGCAACAACAAAAUCAACAUAGUACAGUUGGUGCGCUCAAUAAUGAAUUCAAUGUUGAUAUUGCACGUGAAAUGCAAAUUGUCGAUGAAAUCGUUAAUAAGCGUGUCAAGGAACUAUUUGACUCUAACAAUGACGACUGCGAAUCUAUGUCUUCAUAUUCUGCACCAUCACAAAUUGAAUCUAGUACGGACGAAGAAUGGAUGCCAUGUUCUUCAUAUUCUUCGGCAGGUUCGUCACCAGCUCACAAUGGAUGUGAAGAGUCCAGUUUAAAGGCCACUGCUACUAAUGGCUCAAAGAAGCGUACUCGUCCAUAUGGUCGUGGAAUCGAAGAUCGUAAAUUACGUAAAAAGGAACAAAACAAAAACGCCGCUACUCGUUAUCGCCAGAAGAAGAAGCUCGAAAUGGAAAAUGUGCUUAGCGAAGAACAACAGCUAACCCAGCGCAAUGACGAAUUGAAACGUAUUUUGAGCGAUCGCAAACGUGAAGAAAAAUAUUUAAAGACGCUUAUACGUGAAUUCUAUGCCAAAAAACAGUGAAAAGCACCUGGCGAA